AUGGCGGACAGCCAGACUGUGGCCCACGACUUUUCCCAGCCCUGUGUCUGCUCGCAGACCCCACCCUGCCCGGUGGGCACCAGUCUGGUCCUUGAUGGCUGGGGCUGCUGUAAGGUGUGUGCCAGGCAGCUGGGGGAGCCCUGCUCCCUGCAAGAACCCUGCGACCAUCACAAGGAGCUCUACUGUGACAACACUCCGCUGAGUGGCACUGAGACUGGCAUCUGCAUGGCUCAGGAGGGUCAGACAUGUGACCUCGGGGGCGUGAUUUACCGCACUGGGGAAGCAUUUCAGCCCAGCUGUAAGCACCAAUGUGUGUGCAUGAACGGAGAGAUCGGCUGUGUACCGAUGUGUGCCAGUGACGUCCAGCUGCCCUCCCCUGACUGCCCGUACCCACACCCAAUCCAGAUCCCUGGGAAAUGCUGUGAGGAGUGGGUGUGUGACCACUCGCCUCAGGACCACCACUACCAGUCAGUGAUGGCCGUCAUCAGACAAGUGUCUCCCCCGCAAGCAGAGAGCUCCAGAGAUAACUGUAUAGUCCAGACCACAGAGUGGAGUGAGUGCUCAGCCACCUGCGACAUGGCCGUCUCAUCUCGCAUCACCAACGACAACCAUCGCUGCCAGCUGGAGAGGCAGACCAGGAUCUGCAUGGUCCGACCCUGCAACAGCCAGCAGGAAAAAGAAAUCACGAAGGGAAAGAAAUGUGUCCGGACUACAAAGGCCCACAAAGGGAUGCGUAUUGAGCUCUCAGGCUGCUCCAGCACCAGGAUGUACAACCCAAAAUUCUGCGGAGUGUGCAGAGACAAUCGCUGCUGCACGCCACACACCACCAUAACAGCCGAGGUGGAGUUUAACUGUCCAGAGGGAGAAGUCUUCACGAAGAAGAUGAUGUUCAUCAAAACCUGCUCCUGCCAUCAUGACUGUCCACAAGAUAAUGACAUCUUCCUGGCGUCUAGCACUCGGAGGAUGGUUGGAGACUAUGAUAAUUAUAUUUGA